CCGCCCCCGUGCCCGCAAGAUGGCCGCUGCCGGCAGGGCCUGGCGGGCCGCUGCGCUGCUGCCGCCCUGGUGGCUGCGGGCCCCGUGCCGUUCCUUGGGCAGCGCGGCGCGGGGCGCUGCUGGCGGCGGUGGCCGCUUGCUGCUGGGCGCUGCCUUCGCGCUGGGCGGCGGUGCCGGUCUCUGCCUGGCGGCGCGGCAGCGCCUGAGGGAGCACUCGGCCGCGGAGCUGCCUGCAGGGAACCUGCAGCUUACGCUCUACCAAUAUAAAACCUGUCCUUUCUGCAGUAAAGUCCGAGCUUUUCUGGAUUAUCAUGGACUGCCCUAUGAAAUUGUGGAAGUAAACCCGAUAAUGAGGAAAGAGAUCAAAUUCUCUUCCUACAGGAAGGUGCCCAUCUUGCUAGCCGACGCUGGAAGCCCUCUGCAGUUGAAUGACUCUUCAGUGAUCAUCAGUGCAAUAAAGACCUAUCUAAUUUCCAAGAGGAAUAGCCUAGAAGAAAUUGUGUCCUUUUAUCCUCCCAUGAAAACUGUGACUGAGCAAGGCAAGGAGGUAGUUGAGUAUGGGAAUAAAUACUGGCUCAUGCUGGAUGAGAAGGAGACGAAGCGAGUCUAUCCUGUUAAAGAAGUGAGAGUGGAAGAAAUGCAGUGGAGAAAAUGGGCAGAUGAUUGGCUUGUUCACCUCAUCUCCCCCAACGUUUACCGCACCCCCAAAGAAGCCUUGGCGUCUUUUGAUUACAUUGUCCGCGAGGGGAAGUUUGGCACUGUGGAAGGUUUCUUUGCCAAGUACAUGGGGGCCGUUGCCAUGUUCUUCAUUAGCAAGAGACUGAAGAAAAGACAUCACCUGCGAGAUGAUGUCCGAGAGGACUUGUACGAAGCAGUUGAUAAGUGGGUAAAAGCCAUUGGCAAACACAGACUGUUCAUGGGUGGAAGCCAACCAAACCUUGCUGACUUGGCCGUGUACGGAGUACUCCGGGUCAUGGAGGGGCUGGAAGCCUUUGACGACAUGAUGGUCCACACCAAGAUUCAGCCUUGGUACCAGCGCAUGGAAGAAGCCAUUCAAAAAGCUGCAGCCUGAUGUCGACUGCGGCCGCCUUCCUGAAGUACUUGCAUGGGGGAAAAGACUUAAGGAGUGGUAUUUUAUUUUUUAAAGAGUUGAACGGACUGAUCACGCCUAGUGGACUGACAUGCAGGCACAGAGACCGUCCUGUUUAGAGUCCUGAGUUUCAGCAAGCAGAGGGAUCUGGCAGCGUGUAAGUGUAAAUGAGACAUUUAGAGGGGUGGGAGCAGGUCAAAGGAAGGUAUUUGGGGCGCUGCUGGAAGGAAGAAGCUCGGACUGAGCUGAAGAAUGCUCUGAGCAGGCUCCUUUUAGGUGAGAGCCACGCUCAGGGCGUGCUACUGUAAAAGCAAGCUGCUUCCUUGGCUAGUAAGUGUUACAGCCGGAUCAGGUCUGAUGGUUCUGAGCAGCUUUUGUUUCAAGCUGUCUUCCUCCAUUCAUCCACGCAUCUGCAGUGUUUUCCUGACUGAGACACUGGAUACUAGAUUGAUUUAAACAAGAGUUUUUCCUGCAAUAGAAAUAAGCCCGGUGCUGUGGGAGCUGCGGGAAUCCCCAGUGCCGGGCAAGGCGCCCUGCUCUGACAGGGCCGUGCUGCACGGACGGGCUGUGAGCUUCACUGUGCCAUGGAAACGGUUCUUUUGGUGACGCUGGACGGUGUGCAAGGAUAAAGGCUUGCUUCUCUGACGGUGA